UGCUACACGCGAUACAUUUUCAUGAGGCUUUAAUUUCGAAAAACUUGACUCAUUUCCGUUAUAGCCCGGCGCGAGUCUGCGCAGUAAGAACUCAACCAGGGAAAAAAACAGAAAUGCGUCAUCGCCCUCGCCUCGGAAGUACCGGUUUGUAACACAAUGGCUGCUGUGGUGACGUCAGAGGAUCAGAAGUUCUGCUUGCAGGAAGUCCUAACCACCGUCAAGGUGUGUCUGUCAGAAAACGACGACAUUGUUCUGCAAAACUACGUCUCCUGCUGGCGCGGCCUCGUCAAGUUCCUGAACAGCCUGGGCGCCGUCUUCGGCUUCAUCUCCAAGGACGCGGUCGGUAAGAUCCAGAUCCUGGCGAACCUGCUGAACGGAGAGACGUCCUCCCAGUACGAGACCGUGCAGUCCAUGGUGCGGUACGAGCUGGACCACGGCCUGGUGGACCUGAAAAAGCGCGGCGGGCACCCGGAGUCGGGCUGCCGCACCCUGCUGAGGCUGCACCGGGCGCUCCGCUGGCUGGAGCUCUUCCUGGAGCGCCUGAGGACCAGCCAGGAGGACGGCAAGACGUCCGUCAUGUGCGCCGAGGCCUACAACGAGUCCCUGGCGCAGCACCACCCGUGGGUGGUGCGCAAGGCCGCCGGCGUGGCGUUCUGCGUGCUGCCCGGCCGCGCCACCUUCUUCGAGGUGAUGAACGUGGGCCCGCCGGAGAAGGCGGUGGCCAUGCUGGGGGAAGCCGUGCCGCUCAUUUCCGAGGUGUACCGGGUCACGGAGGAACUGUACGCCGAGAACAACAUGCUGGACUUGCCCUGACACCGUCGGUAUGGACAUGGCUGCUACUUUAGGGACUGUGCAAAAUCUGCAUGGCGGGACCACUACCAUAUGUCUACUGUUUGUACAAACCCUGUUUCCAUAUGAGUUGGGAAAUUGUGUUAGAUGUAAAUAUAAACGGAAUACAAUGGUUUGCUAAUCUUUUUCAACCCAUAUUCAGUUGAAUGCACUACAAAAACAAUAUAUUAAAUGUUCAAACUCAAACUUUAUUUUUUUUUUUUUUACAAAUAAUUAACUUAGAAUUUCAUGGCUGCAACACGUGACAAAGUAGUUGGGAAAGGGCAUGUUCACCACUGUGUUACAUCACCUUUUCUUUUAACACUCAAUAAACGUUUGGGAACUGAGGAAACUAAUUGUUGAAGUUUUGAAAGUGGAAUUCAUUCCCAUUCUUGUUUUAUGUAGAGCUUCAGUCGUUCAACAGUCCGGGGUCUCCGCUGUCGUAUUUUACGCUUCAUAAUGCGCCACACAUGUUUUUGAUGGGAGACAGGUCUGGACUGCAGGUGGGCCAGGAAAGUAUUCGGACUCUUUUUUUUUUUUUACGAAGCCACGCUGUUGUAACACAUGCUGAAUGGGGCUGGGCAUUGUCUUGCUGAAAUAAGCAGGGGCGUCCAUGAAAAAGAUGGUGCUUAGAUGUCGGCAUAUGUUGUUCCAAAACCUGUAUGUACCUUUCAGCAUUAAUGGUGUCUUCACAGAUGUGUAAGUUACCCAUGCCUUGGGCACUAAUGCUCCCCCAUUCCAUCAUAGAUGCUGGCUUUUCAACUUUGCGUCAAUAACAGUCAGUAUAGUUCGCUUCCCCUUUGGUCCAGAUGACACGAUGUCGAAUAUUUCCUAAAACAAUUUGAAAUGUGGACUCGUCAGACCACAGAACACUUUUCCACUUUGCAUCAGUCCAUCUUAGAUGAUCUCGGGCCCAGAGAAGCCGGCGGCGUUUCUGGAUGUUGAUAUAUGGCUUUCGCUUUGAAUUGCAGAGCUUUAACUUGCACUUACAGAUGUUGCGACAAACUGUAUUUUGUGACAGUGGUUUUCUGAAGUGUUCCUGAGCCCAUGUGGUGAUAUCCUUUAAAGAUUGAUGUCGGUUUUUGAUAACAGUGCCGUCUGAGGGAUCGAAGGUCACGGUCAUUCAAUGUUGGUUUCCCGCCAUGCUGCUUACGUGGAGUGAUUUCUCCAGAUUCUCUGAACCUUUUGAUGAUAUGGAGCGUAGAUGUUGAAAUCCCUAAAUUUCUUGCAAUUGCACUUUGAGAAAGGUUGUUCUUAAACUGUUUGACUAUUUGCUCACGCAGUUGUGGACAAAGGGGUGUACCUCGCCCCAUCCUUUCUUGUGAAAGACUGAGCAUUUUUUUGGGAAGCUGUUUUUAUACCCAAUCAUGACACCCACCUGUUCCCAUUUAGCCUGCACACCUGUGGGAUGUUCCAAAUAAGUGUUUGAUUAGCAUUCCUCAACUUUAUCAGUAUUCAUUGCCACCUUUUCCAACUUCUCUGUCACGUGUUGCUGGCAUCAAAUUCUAAAGUUAAAGAUUAUUUGCAAAAACAAAAAUGUGUAUCAGUUUGAACAUCAAAUAUGUUGUCUUUGUAGCAUAUUCAACUGAAUAUGGGUUAAAUGAUUUGUAAAUCAUUGUAUUCCGUUUAUAUUUACAUCUAACACAAUUUCCCAACUCAUGGAAACGGGGUUUGUAUGUUUUUUCAUAUUUUUUUUUUAGCAUUUUUUGAAUUUAACAUGGUGUACUGUUAAAUGUCUCCUUACGUUUAGUAUUGUGACGGCCUUCGUCAUUUUUACUCAAAUCAAGAGCAAGUAUUUGUUGUUCGAACCCCAAAACCAGUGAAGUCGGCACGUUGUGUAAAAUGUAAAUAAAAACAGAAUACAAUGAUUUGCAAA